CGGCGAGAACCGGCUGGUGUCGCUGCCCCUGUCGCGCAUCCGCGUGAUCAUGAAGAGCUCGCCGGAGGUCUCCAGCAUCAACCAGGACGCGCUCUUCCUCACCGCCAAAGCCACGGAGCUUUUUGUUCAGUAUUUGGCUACGUACUCCUACAAACAUGGCAGAGGCAAGGAGAAGAACGCUCUAACUUACAGUGACCUGUCUCAUACUGCCGAAGAGUGUGAGACCUUUCAGUUCCUCGCAGAUAUCUUGCCAAAGAAGAUCCUAGCUAGCAAAUACCUAAAAAUGCUUGAAAAAGAGAAGCGAGAUGGCGAAGUGGGGGAAGAUAAUGAAGAGGAUGAGGAGGAAGAGGAUGAAGAUGAAGCUGUUGAUGAAGAUGUUGGAUCUUAAGACCAAUGGAGAGUUGCUUCAUAGCUGAUCCAUUUUCUGUUGUAUAAAGGAUGUUAUUUUUGUGACUGAGAAUCCAGAUGCUGGAUAUAUUUAUAUACUGAGCCAUCUGCUUUUGCUUUGUUUAAGAAGUUUAGAAAUUGAACUUUAUACUUGUUGAAGAAUGGAAUUCUUCCCUCAGAAACAUGGCGGGGUAAGAAGAGCUAAUGUAAAUCUGACAGCAGAACUUGCUCAGAUGAUUUAAAAUGACUUCUUCAGACAAUCAUUUUCCAAAUUUAAAAUUUCGUAUGGGCAGCUUUCAGUCCAAAAGGUCUUUGACCUUCUGACGAGAAGGGAGUCCUUCCCCAGUUUGUGCCGCUUCUCAGAGCGGAAGACGAGGUGAGGGGAGGUGUUUUACACAGUGUCUACUAUCCUCGGCCUUCUCCUUCUUGGGGAGCCGGUAACAGAUAAAACCCUCCCUCAGUUUUCCGGAACAGUGCCAGGGCGUUAGCAGGGGACCAAGCCCGUUAAAAAAAAGUCUUCUG